AUGCCUGACAUUCCCAACACUCCAGAGUCUGUCCUUCCUCGCUCGGAUUCACGAAACCCGGCAACUACAUGUAGAGGCAUCACCGCCCAAGGCCGGCCUUGCCGCCGUGCUUUAGCUUCUUCUCAGACACCGUCACCGGCAACCACCCCACGAAAGAAAAGUGCCCAUAAUGUGCAACCCGAUAUGGCAUCUUUGUACUGCUGGCAGCACAAAGACCAAGCAGCCUCAUCCAGUAUGGGGAAUCAGGCGAAUCAGGCGAUCAUCACUCCGGUAAAACCAAGGACUAGCAUCGAUACCCUUAUGGACCGACUAGGUGUCCUCGAAAUUAAAGAUGAGAAACAAAGGCCGCCAAGAAAAGCUCAGCGGCACCGAACAAGUCAAAAUAGGCCCAGUGAGAAGCAGCGCCGACGGCCAAAAAAGACAUUCUGCUGUUUCGAAAUCGUGGACGAGGACAACAACGAGGAUGGCAGCCCAUCUGCGUCAGUUCCACGGCCAGUUCAUGCGCAACCGUCGCAAGGAUCGACAUCUUUGCCCCCAAAUGCAUAUCGUCCUCUACGACCAGUGUCGGCUGCAUACCCUCAUGCAAAGCCCUCUUCAUCGGCGCAACGAGUCUCAUCGGUGACACAUACGCCUUCACGGCCACCCAUAAGCAAUGGAAAACACUCUUCCUCCUCACAGACUUCAUCCCUCCUCUCGUGGAUCCCUAGCACAUUGUCACCACAGACGACAUCAAUUCUCCUUACCGAACUGGCCAAACCGAUCUCAGAGGCCGAUGAAGAAGGCUACAUCUAUAUGUUUUGGGUAACUCCCCAGACAACUGCCAUGGGUGAUGGCACAGAAUCGCCGCUUCCAAGGGAUAUCGCUGUCUCGAUUCUGCCUUCCAUGCCAUCAAGCAGUGACAUGCUCCGUCCACCACCUCAACCGCGCAGUGUGAGCGAUGCCCUUCGCGCAGCACACCAGCUUAAUGCACUUACCUCAAACCCCACGUCAAGUACCCCAGGCACCAUCCGGUUAAAGAUUGGACGCACAAGCAACGUGCACCGGCGACUUGCAGAAUGGACCCGCCAAUGCUCGCAUGAUUUGACUCUGAUUCGCUAUUACCCCUAUACGCCGUCUUCAUCCACCUCAUCCUCACCUGCGCGAGCUCCGCUACCUGUACGUGAUGCUGGUAACCGUGCGCCUUUAUCUUCAUUGGUCCCGGGAAGGAAAGUCCCACAUGUCCACCGUGUGGAACGUUUGAUUCACCUGGAGCUGGGGGAUUUGAGAAUCCGUGACCUUGGAAGGUGUAGUGAGUGCGGUAAGGAGCAUCGAGAAUGGUUUGAAGUUGAGGCGGAAAAAGAAGCCUUGCGGCGGGUAGAUGAAUGUGUGCGACGAUGGGUCUCGUGGGGAGAAUCAAGGCAGUAA